CGCAGUUCGAAGUUCGCAGUGCAAAGUUCGAAGUUUAGCGGUGGAGUAUCCAGUCGAGUCCAAAUCGGCAUUGUACCAAUCUAAGACGAAAGGAAACAACAAAAACACGACAAAAMCCGAAAAGCACAAACAACAUUUUCACAUCGCAAUCUACCCGUGGUCGAACGCAGAGCAAACCAUUGAUACGAGAGACAUACAAAAUCGAGGGAAACACAAAACRCAAACACGUACCACAUAUUACACCAGAAAAAAUGGCCGACUCAACCCCAAUGUAUGUUUCUGUUCCGCAAAGCACGUUCCUGUGGCUGGGCAAUACCCGCUGGAGACGUUGCUUUUGCGUGUGGAUGAUGUUGGUUUGCAUUGCUUUGGCGACGACAACAACGACAACGAAUAGCGGCCUCCCGGUCGUCGAAGGAUGGCAACCUCCCGUUCSGCAUCCUUCUCGAGCGAAUCCUCGGUACGGAAGGACCGAUAGCAGUCGCAGCGGCGUCGUUGCAUCUUCGUGGUUGUUUUGCCAAUCGUCGUUGCCGUUGUCGUUCUCGCUAUCGUUGUUCACUCAUUCAUCGUCGUCCUGUGUUGUUCGUCGCGAUCGCCAUUGCCGUCCCCUCUUUUCCGCAUCGAACGAUAAUGACAACGACAAAUCCAAAAACAUCGAUUCCGAUUCGAACACAAACAACAACCACGGCAACGACAGCCAACCGAUCGUCAUCGACGGCAAAAAAACGGCGGCGGCCAUCCGAGCCGAGCUGGCGGAGGAAAUCAAGAACCUSCAGGCAUCCCACGGGAUCACCCCGGGGUUGGCGGUUGUCCUAGUGGGCCAGCGCGUCGACUCGGCGACCUACGUCCGCAUGAAGAAAAAGGCCGCGGCCGAGGUCGGCAUCCACUCGAUCGACGUGGUUCUCGAGGAAACGAUCUCCGAGGACGCUCUUUUGGAGGAAAUCGAGAAGCUCAACGCCGACCCCGCCGUCCACGGAAUCCUGGUCCAGCUYCCUCUCCCGGACCACAUGGACGAAGCCAAGGUGCUCCGGGCUAUCGAUUAYGCCAAGGACGCCGACGGCUUCGACGCGGUCAACAUCGGAAACCUGUGGCUACGGGGCGGCGAACCCCCCCUGGCGAUCCCGUGUACUCCGGCGGGAUGCAUCGAGCUGCUACAGCGCUAUAACAUYCCCAUUUCGGGCAAGGAGUGCGUCGUGCUGGGGCGGAGCAACAUUGUCGGCAUGCCGGUGGCGGCCCUGCUGCAGUCCUGCAACGGGACCGUGACGGUCUGCCACUCGCGGACCGCCAACAUCCCCGAAACCGUCAAGAGAGCCGACAUUGUCAUUGCUGCCAUCGGAAAGGCCGAGUUCGUCCGCGGGGAAUGGCUCAAGGAGGGGGCUGUCGUCAUCGACGUUGGCAUCAACGACAAGCCCGACCCGACCAAGAAGCGCGGCUACCGGCUGGUCGGCGAUGUGAACUACCAAGAAGCGGUAGAUGCGGGGGUGUCUGCCAUUACGCCYGUUCCCGGCGGCGUCGGCCCCAUGACGAUCGCCAUGCUCCUCAAGAACACGGUGAACCUGUGCCUGCACUCGAAGGGUCUGCCCCGUCUGCAGCUCCGGGACCGGACCCUCGACGGGGAUUACAAGGCAGAUGCAUCCAGCAAGCUGGUGAACACCUCGACCACGAAGUAACCAUUUGGCCGAAACAAAACAACGACGGAACGGCUUCUGUGUCCGURCAGAGGGCGCUCGACCCAUCCACGCCACGGUUACGGUUACGUGGUUUGGUCCCACUUGGCCCCGUGCCAAGAGAAUAUAACGUGAGCUGGGUACAGAGUAGUACAAUCCACCAGAACAAAAAGCACCAAUGUGUUAAGAUAGCUUGCUGUAUCGCCAAUUUUUCAUAGAUG